AUGGACGGACUCGACGAUUUUGAGAAGACUUUGGCGGAGGAAAAGAAAGCUAGGGAGAAAGCGGAAGAGAAAAAUAGCCGGGAUAAGGAGCGCAAACAUAAACAUCGACAUCGAUCAAAACAUCACAGAUCCAGAGACGAUGAUGGUUCAGACAGGGAAGGGCAUCGAUCGAAACACAGGCACCGACGAGAUGUUGAUCCGGAACGAGAUGAUCAUAGACACAAACGGUCGAGGCAUUCGAAGGAGGAUGAGAGGGACGAUCGCAAAAAUCGCAAACAUGAGAAAUCCGGAGAUCCUCACGAAGACCUGCCAUUACCAGAUGAUGAAGUGCCGUUGAAUACGCCUAAGCUAGUUCGAGAUGAUUGGAUGACUGCGCCGUCCGCAAUGGAUAUUGAUUAUACACAGAAGGGUGUAAAGAAGGUUGAGAAAAAGGCGCCGUCGAAGCCGGAUUACGAUUUGAAGAUUCAUAAGAAUGAAUUGAAUAUUCACCUCCAGGAUUUGGCGGACGGGAAGAAGCUGGAGGAUAUCGAGAACGAGGAAGAUGAUUUCGAUUAUGAAUUUGGUGAUUCGGGAGCUCAAUGGCGCAUGAUGAAGCUCAAGACGGUUUAUACCCAGGCAGAGCAGAGUGGAAGGAGUGUGGAUGAGGUUGCUAUAGAAAGAUUCGGUGGAUUACGGGAAUUUGAUGCUGCGAGAGAGGAACAGAUUGAACUGGAUCGACGACAUCUUUAUGGAGAGGGAUAUGUUGGAAAAGAGAAGCCUACCGGGGAAUUAUUCAGAGAGAGAAAGUUGGAACUGGGCAUUAAAGAGAAAAGCGAGGCUCCACCAAACGACCCAUUACCACAAGGACAGGUUAUGGAGGAGUCACAGCCAACUCCAGUAUCAUUGGAUGCUUCAACAUUAAAUCGGAUGAAGGCAAAACUUAUGAAAGCCAAGUUGAAGAAGUCACCCGAUGCUGCCAAAUUGGAAGCUGAGUACAAUGAGGCCAUGGCCAAUUAUGGAAAAAAUCCUAGUUCGGGAGUGGUGGUUUUGGGUAAGAUGGAUAAUCGACUGCUAGCUGGCACUCGUGGUGAGGUCAAGUCCAUUGAUAAUAAAAGAGGACGGGAGAGAGGUUUCGUUGAAGAAAAUGAGGACAUGAGUAUAGAAGAUAUGGUCAGGGAAGAGCGGAGAACCAGAAAUCAAGCUGGUGGCGAGGGUAUGAGAGCCGCAGAACGAAUUGCUAAAGACGGAAAAUUCGACGACGAUCUCGAUUAUAUGGACGACAACGCAAACAAACUUGCGAAACGAGUGCAGAAAUCCGAAAUCAACUUGAAGAAUGCCGCAAUUGGCGAUUUUCAAAAGAUGAAUAGAAUUUUGGACAAUUGCCAGCUUUGUCAUCACGAGGACACGAACCAACCACCGGUUGCUCCUAUAAUCUCUCUGGCGACACGUGUAUACCUCACAUUACCAACGGAGCCAGAACUUAGCGAAGGUGGUGCAGUCAUUGUACCUAUACAGCAUCGAACCAAUCUAUUGGAGUGUGACGACGAUGAAUGGGAGGAGAUCCGAAAUUUCAUGAAAUCCUUGACACGAAUGUACCACGACCAAGGGCGAGACGUAGUAUUCUACGAGAACGCCGCGGCUCCCCAAAGGAAAAUGCACGCAGCCAUGCAGGUCAUUCCCCUCCCCUACAGCUUGGGCGAAACCGCCCCGGCAUUCUUCAAGGAAGCAAUUCUCUCCUCGGACGAAGAGUGGACACAACACAAGAAACUAAUUGACACAGCAGCCAAAGCUCGCGAUGGUAUGGGGAAACAGGCAUUUCGACGAUCAAUAGCGAAAGAAAUGCCUUAUUUCCAUGCUUGGUUCCAGCUUGAUGGAGGACUGGGACAUAUUGUCGAGGAUUCGAAUAGAUGGCCCAGAGGAGAUCUUUUUGCCAGAGAGAUCAUUGGGGGGAUGUUGGAUGUUGAGCCAGAUGUUAUUAAGAGGCAGGGCAGGUGGAGGAAGGGCGAUAGUAGAUUGGAGGGGUUUAGGAAGAGGUGGAGGAAGUUUGAUUGGACCAGGGUUCUUACUGAUGGGUGA